AUGGAAUCUCCCACAACUGAAGCCGCUACUGAAGAGAACAAUGACGAACUGAAGACACUCAUCGUACAAGAUAUACGAAACUGCAGAGAUGCACUCAAGUUCACUCGCGUUCAGUGGCAAAAGAUGAAGGAGUAUGAGAAUAGUGUUUUUGAAGGUGAAAAGAAUGGAUUGGACGAAGCUCAUGAACGCAUCAAGCAGCAAGAGUGCAUCUUCAACGAAACGAGCAAAUUGCUCAAAACCCUACCGACAAAUCACAGCGUUCAACUCGUGCACAAUGCCUUGCUUCUCGAACAGAAAAAAGAGGCCUUGCUUAUUGAAGAGUCAUUCAACGCGAUCAAGAUGAUAAAAGUGAAGCUGCGUGAGGAGAAUUCACGUCGAGCUCAAAAUUCUAGAGCUGCAUUUGAGAGGGAAAUCAGGAGACUUGAGACAAUGAUUGGAAAUCUCCAACAGAUCGCUGAGAUGGCUGGCAUCUUUUUGGACGAUACAAUUAUCGUUGAGCAGACCACUUUUGGUUACGCUAACCCUGGUGAAAAUUUUCAACCGUCUCGUCCAGCCUUGAUCUCUCCUGCAGCCUGGUUAAGUCGUCUUGAUGCUAUUCUUGCUGGGGCAAAGAUAUCUGGCCGUCCCGCUGAUGUACAUGCCACAUCAGCUGUCCAACGUCACUCGUUUGGCACGGGCAUGUACCAGCGUGUCGAGAAAGACUUACGACGGCCCGUUGCCUCGAGGGUCAAUUUGAAAAAGAAUGAACAUCCUGUGUCGGAUAGUGUACACGAAGAGACACCAUCUGGACUCUCAGCACCAGUUCGACCAAAUACUCCAAGGCCUGAUCCAGAACGCGAAACUAUGGGUGAUUGGAUGAUCGGCUUUGUAGAACAGGGUCAGAACAUCAUGUGUGAGGUCGAGCAAAGAUACGAGCUCGACAUCGAUGCGGCCAACAGGCAAUACGAUAGGGACGAGCGCGCUAUCGAAAUAGGUCUCAAAAAGAACGAAGAACAGUAUUCACGAGCUUUGCGGUUGAAGAAUAUAAUGGAACUUUUGUGGGAAACAGAGUAUACUGACGAAUGGAACGAAGGAAGGAAGAUCAUAAAGGAGGAGCUGAAGCUCAUUCGUCAGGAACGGAAAGAACUCACCAACCGUCAGCCCAGAUGCGAGGAGCAUCGCGUCCGACGUCAGAACGAGGCCAAUGCACUCUUGGAGAAACAGUCAAGGUUCUAUAAGGCGCUUGUUGGUCGAGUCGAAAGUGAAGCUGCCAGUCUCAACCAAAACUUGGGAGAUCUCAACUGA